UUCUCGGAAAUUGGACCAACUUAUAAAAUGGGUCCUGUCACAUCUCAAUUAGUUGACGCCGUCAAUAUUUUGCUUAAAGCACGAAACCUUGAUCAAAAAGUCGUUUACGAGAUGCGAUCACUUUUUGAUAAAAAUGAUCAACUUGAAGAUGUCAAGGAAGAGGAAAAUAUAAUGCCGUACAGUUCCGAAGCCGGGAGACUAGGUCAAGCGGCUAUUACCAACACCAUAACUGGGUUGGAUUCUGUAAAAACUUUCCUUUUGCCAAUUUUGAAUGUGGAUUCCGAAGAUUUUGAUAAGAUGUUAGAUACGAUGAGCAAGGAAUUAAAAGAAUUUCAUAGCUAUAAUCAUCUAUGUCGUGUUCACGGCCGUAAAAAGAGUGAAUUAAAUGCAACCAAGUUAUAUUAG